GGCUGGGGACACCGCCUGGGACCUGCCUGCCACCCAACCGGUGCCCGCGCCACCAGCCAUGGUCCCCCAGAACGGCGCCAACUCCAGGGCCGCGGUCGCCUGCUGCUGGCUCCUCACCGUUCUAGGCUCCUGCGUGCCCUUCAACGUGGACGUGAAGAAUUCGGUGAGCUUCAGCGGCCCCGUGGAGGACAUGUUCGGCUACACCGUCCAACAGUAUGAGAACCAAGAAGGAAAAUGGGUGCUCAUUGGUUCUCCUUUGGUAGGCCAGCCCAAGACCAGAACUGGAGAUGUCUACAAGUGCCCGGUGGGAAGAGAGGGGUCUAUGCCUUGCAUGAAGUUGGAUCUACCAGUAAAUACGUCGAUCCCCAAUGUCACGGAAAUAAAAGAGAACAUGACAUUUGGAUCAACGUUAGUCACCAAUCCCAAAGGAGGAUUUCUGGCAUGCGGGCCCUUAUAUGCCUAUAGAUGUGGGCAUUUGCAUUACACAACUGGAGUGUGUUCCGACGUCAACCCUGCCUUUCAAGUUGUGAGCUCAUUUGCCCCCGUACAAGAAUGCAGUUCUCAGCUGGACAUAGUCAUUGUUCUGGACGGUUCCAACAGCAUUUACCCCUGGGAGAGUGUGACAGCAUUUUUAAAUGACCUUCUUGAAAGGAUGGAUAUCGGUCCCAAACAGACACAGGUUGGAAUUGUCCAAUAUGGAGAAAAUGUCACACAUGAAUUCAACCUCAAUAAGUAUUCAUCAACGGAAGAGGUACUUGUUGCAGCCAGAAAAAUAGCCCGAAGAGGUGGCCUCCAGACAAUGACAGCUCUUGGAAUAGAUACUGCCAGGAAAGAGGCGUUCACUGAAGCCAGGGGUGCCCGAAGGGGAGUGAAAAAAGUCAUGGUCAUUGUUACUGAUGGAGAGUCACAUGACAACCAUCGAUUGCAUGAGGUCAUCCAAGAGUGUGAAGACGCCGACAUUCAGCGCUUCUCCAUAGCCAUUCUCGGUCACUAUAACCGGGGAAACCUAAGUACUGACAAAUUUGUGGAAGAAAUCAAGUCAAUCGCCAGCAAGCCCACCGAGAAGCACUUCUUCAAUGUCUCGGAUGAGUUGGCCCUCGUCACUAUUGUCAAAGCUCUGGGAGAGAGAAUCUUUGCCCUGGAAGCUACGGCUGACCAGACGGCGGCCUCCUUUGGGAUGGAAAUGUCACAGACAGGCUUCAGCGCUCACUACUCACAGGACUGGAUCAUGCUUGGAGCAGUAGGGGCCUAUGACUGGAACGGAACAAUCGUCAUGCAGAAAGCAAAUCAAAUGAUCAUCCCUCACAAUACAACCUUUCAGACGGAGCCCCCCAAAAUGAAUGAACCUCUCGCCUCUUACUUAGGUUACACAGUCACCUCCGCCACGGUCCCCGGGGAUGUACUCUACAUAGCUGGGCAGCCUCGGUACAAUCACACGGGCCAGGUCGUCAUCUACAGGAUGGAGAAUGGGGAUGUCCAGGUCCUCCAGGCUCUCAGCGGGGAGCAGAUCGGCUCCUACUUCGGAAGUGUCUUGACAACAGUGGACGUGGACAACGAUUCUCAUACGGACCUGCUGCUCGUGGGAGCUCCCAUGUACAUGGGGGAAGAGAAGGAGGAGCAAGGGAAAGUGUACGUGUACGCCCUCACUCAGAAAAGGUUUGCGUAUGAAAUGAGCCUGGAACCGGUCCCGCAGAACUGCUGCUCGUCUCUGAAGCACAACUCGUGCGUGAAGGAGAACACUAAUGAGCCGUGCGGGGCUCGCUUUGGGACGGCCAUAGCGGCUGUCAAGGACAUCAACGCCGACGGCUUGAACGACGUCGUGAUAGGGGCCCCGCUGGAGGACGACCACGCGGGAGCCGUGUACGUCUACCGCGGCUUCGGCAAGACCGUGAGGAAGGAGUUCUCGCAACGUAUUCCAUCAGGCGGGGAUGGCAAGACCCUGAAGUUUUUUGGCCAAUCUAUCCAUGGAGCGAUGGAUUUAAAUGGCGAUGGCCUGACAGAUGUGACCAUCGGGGGCCUUGGGGGCGCUUCCCUUUUCUGGUCCCGAGACGUGGCCGUAGUUAACGUGAACAUGUCUUUUGAACCCGAGACAAUAAAUAUUCAAAAGAAAAACUGCCGCGCGGACGGGAAAGAGACGGUGUGCAUAAGUGCUACCGUGUGUUUUCACGCGAAACUGAAGUCUAAGGACGUAAUUUACGAUGCUGAUUUGCAGUACCGUGUCACUCUAGAUUCAGCAAGACUGAUAUCACGCAGUUUUUUCUCUGGAACACAAGAGAGAAGGAUUCAAAGAAACAUUACAGUUCGUGAAUCAGAAUGUGUUAAGCACUCCUUCUACAUGUUGGACAAGCCUGACUUCCAGGACUCCGUGAGAGUCACGCUGGAUUUUAACCUCACUGAUGGGGAAGAUGGGCCCGUUCUUGACGAUUCUAACCCGACAUCAGUCCAUGGCAACAUUUACUUCAGCAAAGAUUGUAAAACCCAGCCCAGAUGCCUCACAGACCUCACCCUGGAGGUGCAAACCACAGCACCCACCACAGAAGAGAGUGUGCUCACCGUCCGCUCUCCGAACGACAAGUUCAAUGUCAGCCUCACCAUCAAAAGCAAAAAGGACAGCGCCUAUAACACCAGGACAAUUGUGCAGUAUUCUCCAAAUCUAAUUUUUUCUGGAAUUGAGGGAAUUUCCAAGGACAGUUGUGAAUCCCAUCAUAAUAUCACAUGUAAAGUCGGCUAUCCAUUCCUAAGAAGCGGAGAAAUGGUAACUUUCAUAAUACUAUUCCAGUUUAACACGUCACAUCUCAUGGAAAAUGUGAUCAUUCAUUUAAAUGUAACAAGCGACAGUGAAGAGUCCCCUGAAUCUCUUUUUGAUAACGAAGCACAUAUCUCCAUCCCAGUAAAAUAUGAAGUUGGACUACAGUUUUACAGCUCUGCAAGUGAAUACCACAUUUCGAUUGAGGCAAAUGAGACUGUCCCUGAAGUUAUUAAUUCCACUGAUGACAUUGGAAAUGAAAUUAACAUUUUCUACUUGGUUAAAAAAAUAGGAUAUUUCCCAAUGCCAGAACUUGAGCUGAAAAUUUCCUUCCCCAAUCUGACAUCAGACGGUUACCCAGUGCUGUACCCGACCGGAUGGUCCUCUACUGACAAUGUAGACUGCAGGCCCCCGAGCCUUGAGGACCCCCUUGACAUCAACUCGGGGAGGAGAACGAUCCUUUUCAAAUCUAAAGAUCUCAAACGAGGCACGAUUCAGGACUGUGGCACCUGCAAACUGGCGACACUCACCUGCAGGCUCGUCCCCUCUGACCUGAGCCAGGUGAAUGUGUCCCUUCUCCUGUGGAAGCCGACUUUUAUAACGACAUAUUUUUCCAGCUUGAAUCUUACUAUAAGGGGAGAACUUCAGAGUGAAAACUCGUCACUGAUUUUAAGCAGCAGCAACCAAAAGCGAGAGCUGGCCAUUCAGAUCUCCAAGGACGGGCUGCCCGGCCGGGUGCCGCUGUGGGUCAUCCUGCUGAGCGCUCUGGCCGGGCUGCUGCUCUUGAUGCUGCUCAUCCUGGCUCUGUGGAAGAUUGGGUUCUUCAAAAGGCCACUAAAGAAGAAAAUGGAGAAAUGAAAUUGUUAUAAGAGAAAACAACAGUAACUCAAUGAUCUAUCCUCAGGUUUGCCUCAAAUAUGUGACAAGAAGUUCAUGAAUAACCAAGCACAUGGUCACACACCUUUGUGUAACCCAUCAGGGAUCGAUCAUGUGGAAGUGGCCAAUCGAGCAGGUUCCACAGACAGUACCACAAAGAUGUAUUUUAGAAAAUGAUGAAGAGUAUUUUUUUAAAUAAUUGCUCAUUUUUGUUGAGUAACUAAGAUUACAAAGUGUUUUAAAGAAAAAAAAGCAAUAUAAAUGUUUAUAUGUUAAAUUGCCACCCAAAGUAUUUAACGCGUGCACACACAAAAAGUUUUUUAUUCAUUAUAACCCUCACUUCCAAAACCAUGUAAAUGAAGCUUUUGCUCUUUGAUUAUCCACCCUCAGAAUGUCAGUCAGCAUUUGGAAUGACGCUUUAAAAAAAAAACAAAACACUUCUUCCAAUUCCAGUGAGAAAGUUUUUCCCCUAGUAGAGUCUGUACACACCUGGGCUCAGAUAAAAUUAGGUCCCAGAGACCACAUUCUGCAGCUCAGUGCCCGGCCCUGUAGUUGGAAGGAUGUUUUUCAGUGUGAUUGGAAAACAGUACAAUUGAGCAGAAAUUCUAGACAAUCAAGAUAGAGUCGUUGUUUAAAAACAAAUGCACUGAGUGGAUUAAUUUAAACUUUUAUAAAUAGUCAAAGUGCUUACUAUUUUUAUACUGAGCUCUAAACCUCAAAAGCCUUUUGUUUUUAAGCACCUGAAGCAGUUUUGUAUAGCGUAGCAGAGACGUGUCAUGAGAAGGCAGGUUAUGUGCAGGGCUGUGCCAGGGGGCACGUUGGGAGCAGGGAUGUGCCAGGGUGAUGUUGUCUGAAGGGCAGUGUGCAUGGAGGACCUUGUGCUGAUGCCCUCCUUGCUGGGCAGCCAGGGAAUGCCAGGGGUGCCAGGGCAUCGCCUGAAGUAGAAGUUUUCUCAACUCCUCGGUACAGGGUUCCUUCAAACCUCCAAGCUGUGGGAGCUCAUUUAUUCUUCAAGUUAUUUAAUUUUUCCAAGCGUUUUCCUUAUUUCUAUGGAAAGAUGGUGUUCUCCUUCAGCAUAACAUUUCAGCAGGAGCUCCCUACUUUUGAGUGUGGCACGGCAACGUUUAAGUAGAUCCCCAGAAACGCAGUGUAAAGAAUUUCUGGUUGGACAACUCAAGCCAUCGAAGGUCUCCUCCUUCUUAAGUGACCAGCUUCCUAAGUGACCAGUGUGUCUCCUUGAACUCUGCUAUAACCAAAGCUCCCAGACUGCUUCAGGCAUUAGGAAAAGAGCAAAUGAAUGCUACGUCUUGGCUGCGCAUGUGAACUGCUCCGUUAAAACUUGCUGACAUUCCUGUUCCCCGCGACUGCCUUUCUCCCCUUGAUCUAGCACCGCCCAGCCCACCUGGGUCCAGAAUGUGCCGAACCCCGCUUUCCUCCGCACACGGCAGUUCAACAGAGAAUUGAAAUUCUAUAGGUCUGAUUUUCAAAAACUAACUUAUAAAGAAUUUCCUGUGGUCUCAGAUUCAGGCUACCUCUCGGCUCUCCAGCUCCACGUCUAAGACCCCAGCAAUGAACCUGGGGCAUGCCAAGGUCAUCAGUGGCUUGAAGAAAGGUGGGAAGAAAGCUGGAGAAAAAACAAAAGGCAUUUCCUUCACUCCCUUCUCUCCAGCUUAAUUCAUCGUCUCCAUCAGCUCUGGUUUUGCUCAACAGAACUCCGGUGUCUCCCCAUCGCCAUCCUAAGCACCUUCGAGAAAGAAAUCCAACAGAUACACUUUAAUUCAUCAUGAGCAUCUGUAACUACCAAACUAUGACUGUGCACAUCUAAUCAGAAGCUGCUCUAACAGCUUUGAAUUUUAAAGGACUAGGAGGGAAAGCUGGUCUCACAAAGAGCUGCCAGAGCCAUUUGCCUAACACAAUCUCUACAAUAAUCUAGUCCCUGUGAUAAGUAUUUAAGGCACCAACGAUCCAAUUUUCCUACAAUUAUCAUGUGUGGAGGUCAACGUGAGUGUGUGUGUGUGUGCGCACACAUGUACUUAUGAAUUAAAUAUGAAAGACCUGAAUAACACCACAUGGCAAGAUUUACAAAAAAUAAAAUAAAAUAAGACGCCAGCAAGAAAAGGUUGAUGACUUUGCUUUCCAUAUACUAUGCAGUUUCAUUAACAUGUAGUUUCAGCAACUCAAACCAGGCAUGCCAAAGCUUGGAUUUUUAACCAUGUCAACAGAUGUCCUAAAUUAUCUUUCUACAAAUGUUUUACAAUAUAUAAAUGAUAAAUACACUAGACCUUAAAAUUUGAUUUUAAAUGAAUUAAAAAUGGUUGGUAUUUAA